AUGCAGCAUAAUGAUAAUGAGAUGCAAACUGCCGCUUUUGAUGGAAGUUUAUUCAACUUAGAUGAUUUAAGUGUUAAUAUUCCAGAACUUUCCAAUGCAAAUAUCAACUUCGAUGACAUCACUAAUGUAGUUAAAAAAUGUUCAACUUCUAAUACGGAUUUAGCAAUAAUCAAUAAUCUCUUAGAAAAAGAUAACAACGAAAGUGAAGUUUUUGAUUUAGACGAAUUCAAUGAUUUACUUGAAACAGUUUCAUAUAAUGGCGAUAUUACGAACAAAGACGGUUCUUGUACUGAAGAAAAUACACUAAAAGAGGAAAAAAUCAAGGAGAUAGCUGCUUCCAGCAGGCAUUCGACAGACGAAUGUUUAAGCGAAUUUGAAAGCAUUUUAGACGAAUAUAGGGUCGAAAAAGGACAAUCGAUCGAUUCUCAAACAAUACAACCUGAAGCUGAAUCGUCUAUAAACGAGGCUCCCGUAGCACUGGUUGAGUCUGAAGAAAAGAAUAUUGAACUAAAACAACAAUCCAGUAUUGUUGAAGAAUAUCAAAUUAAUGAAAAUCAACAAACAAUAGAACCAGAACAAGAUGACGCAAGCAGUUCUAAAGGCAACCUUCAUAUUUCUGAAACUGAAAACAAAAAUGAACUACGCGGAACUAAGGAGAGGUUUCAUGAAUUCGCGCAAAUAGAACAUUCUACAGAUAAAAAUGAGAAUACUCCUACAAGUAACAAAGGACAUGACGAAUUGCUAAAUGUUGAUAAAAUUAAUGUAUCCAUAACUUCAAGUAAAAGCAUUAUAUCUAUAAGCUCAAACGAUACAGUAACUGAAGAUGUUUUAGAAGACAUUGAAGAUAUCAAAACUCUAGAUUCAGAUUCGGAUUGCGACGGCUACCAUUCGUCUGAUUUCGAGUUUAUUACUGAGGCCGAAGCGGAAUUGGAUGGACUUAUUAUAAAUUGCAGCAAAAAACAGCUUAAAACUCCAAAAAAGGGUGGAAAAAGUAAAGUUUUGGCUUUGGGAAUAGCUAAAGAGACAUCUAGCAACCAAGAAUCUUUGAAGAAUGAUAAGCCAGGGCUUAUACCGUCUACCAGCAAAGAUACUUUGCAAAACCAAGACCCUGAAGUACUGAAAAGACAAUAUCAAAACCAAAAAGCAUAUUACAUUCGUCUUAGACAACAAUACACUAUUAAAGAAAUGCAGAAUUCUCGUGAAAAUCACGUAAUACCAAAUGAUGGUGAUUAUGUCAGUCUAUUUCAAGGGUCAUUCGCUCCCGCAGACUUUCACUUUGUUGAGAAUAAGUCGGUUUUGCCGAAUACUAGUAUGAACGCGCAGUAUCGGGGUCUCGGGUUUGAUAUGGCGAUGUUAAGACAAGAACUUGAGGUGGAUCGUCAGUAUCAAGACGAAGCGAAGGAAAGUGCCAAGCGUAUCCUGGAGAUGUACCCUGGACUGAACAGGAAGAGGAGGCGAAGACAUUGAAGGAGAGAAUACUCAAACCACAUCUGUGCACCUCAUCGCACUUUCCUAUGCUUCUACCCUCUUGUUACCUACUUAAAACCGUCAUUUGCUAGAGCGAGAUAGCGAUCACACAGAUGAAUCGACGAGGCGAUAGCCGGGGCGAAUUAUAUUGAGCGCUUCAACCAAUAAACGAUAAGAAUGCUAUCCAUGUAGAUGGACGUCAAACGGCUAUUGGUCAAAGGCUUCGAUAUAAUUCGAAUUCGGCGCGAAUACUAAACCUAGCUCAGACGCUGGUGGGGAGCGGAGCCGUUCCAUACGUAGUAUAGAACGGCAACUCUCCGCUCUACUCUAUGGCUGUAUCACAUUUAUUUCGGAAUAGUUCUAUUACAUGUCAUAUGAAAGAUAUAAUAAUAAUGAUACUUAAGU